AUGCCCAGCGUCGCGAUCGUUGGCACCGCUCCCGCCCCGCCAGAACACCUGGACCGCUCAUUGUUCAGGUCCCAUAAGGCCCUUCCCCGAAAGACACAUGUCCUCCAAACCGUCCAGUGUCUGCCUAUAAAGCCCGCUGGUCAGGAUGGCAACCCCGGGAGGGAUGCUGUUCCCCCGACAGCUCCCAGUCUCCCUUUGACGCCUCCCAGAGUCUCUCACGAAGACACCCGCCCCAACGACGGUAACAAACAGAACGUCGUCUCUCCAUCCGUGAUCGAAGGGCUCACCUCGCCCAAACCCUCACACCCCCCGACCCCGGAGUCCACCCCACCGCGCCGCACCCCGACUAAUCGACGACCAGGCCUGAGCCACGGCGGGCGGUCGUCGUGCUCGUCGCGCGAGGAUUCCUUCCAGACCGCCCGUGAGAUGUUCUCCGACAGCGAGCCCGACACCCCGGGCCGCUCCGUCCAGUGCCUGCUGCCCAAGACGUUCCGACGGAGCGAGGCCAGAACCCCGGAACCGAAGGCUCGCGCGGACCGGACCGCCUCGACGGGCUCGCCGAAACCGAAAUCGCGACCGUCCGCGAGGGCGCGACGCGCGGGGAACCCGGAGCCCUCGACAGUGACGUCCGCCCGCGCCCAGCCGUCCGCUCACCAGACGGCCCCGAGAGCGUCGGAUCUGGCGAGCAGCUCGGAGGGCCCCGUGCCCAGUCUGUCGAUCGAGCAGUUUCGCGAACAGGUUGGAUGGCCGUCGGGCGGUGGGGCGGGUCUGCCCGAGCCCGAUGACAGCCGCCGGUCCUCGGGGAUAUCCACCGCGUCCACCGUCGAGGUCAUGAUCAUCGACCCGCCCCCGCCCGGCACAUCCGAACGCGCCUCCACGUCCUCCCAUUCGGAUGCGCAUCACCGCUUGGUGCGUAAGAUCGGACGCAUCUCGGACAGUGAUCGGCGCAGCAUUGCGUCCGAAAUCUCCGCCUCGGAGAUGUCGACGUUCGGCGGGGUCGCCUCGCCCCAGGUGGAGGUUGUCCCCGUCGUGGUGAUCCCCGAGCGACGCUCGUCCCUCAAAUCGUCCGUGCAGUCGUCCGCCCCGAGCAGCAGGGAUCCGUCCAAAGUGGAUUCGUCUCGUCGCUCGCGUCGACGGUCCGGGAGCCGCACCGAGUCUCUCGAUCAGUCCCGGUCCCGACGGCGGACCCGAUCCCCCUCGAGCGCCCGCUCCACGCAGAGCGCGUUCGGGCACCCCGUCGUCCCGCCCCGGAGCUCCUCGCUGUCGGCACCCACCAGUCGCAACAACUCCCGCUCCACGUCCCUGACCUCGGAAAGCCUGCGCCACCACACCCUCGCUAUGGAUGCCGUGCCGAGCCAGCCCCAGAAGCCCCAGAAGCUGGGGCGAGAGUUUUCAUCCACCGACGUCCCGCGGACGCAGUCAAUCUUGAUCGGGUUGGAAGACACGGCGCACCUCCAUUCGCCCGCAGUGACGGCGACGCAUCCGUCAUUCCCGUCGCUAUCCCCGGGGCCGAUCGAAAUCAACGAGGCCAUCACCGUGGCGUUCUUCCCGCACAACAACGAGUCGAUCUUACUGGUCGACCCACAGGUGCGCGAGCAGGCGGAGCGCCAAGCGUCGCAGCUCUACCAGGAAACCACCGAGCCCCGGACGCCCGAGAUGCAAAUGCAAUGCAACGCGGAGUCCCCCCUGGUCAACCCCCGCUCGCCGCCCGAGCCUCCAGCCUGCAAGGUCAUCCCACCGACCGUCAGCAGCGCGACGGACCUCACUCCCGCCACGACGAACCUCAGCCGCGCACCGACAAUCCUCGGUCCCGCAGGGCCGCACCUCAGCCCCGCGGCGACAAAUCUCACCCCGACAGCGACCAACCUCAGCCGCACAGCAACGAACGACACCAACCCGGGCCCCUUCCGCCGCGUGGCAUCCGCGCGCCGUCCACGGAUCCGGCCAGGCUCAGAGUCCUUCCACUCCUUCAUACGCUCGCUCUCCCUGCGCUCAGCAGAGAACCGCAAAGCCGGACAGGAAAUCGACCACAGCCUGCACCCGUUCUGGCGGCCCCGACGCUUCUGGCCCGAAUCGUCCGAACCAGAAGACGACUCCCCGCGCGAAGAGAGCAUGCGCUUCCGCGACACCGACCCCGACAACGUCAUCAGCAAUUCGCUGGGAAUGCCACAACAGCGCGUGGCCUUCAACGGACCUCCGCCACCGUCCCCGCACCGUCCCGCCCCGCGGCCCUCCGACAUCACAAUUCCCUACAGCGCCGCCACCAACCGGCACACCGUCGAGACAAGCGUCUUCAGCCCCGAAGCCUUCCGCUCGCAAACCUCCUUCCACCAAGACCGCUUCCGCUCCGUAUCCUGGUGGCGCCUGCGCCUCCGCCUAGGCAACGUGCGUAACCUGCGCAAACGCCUCCGCCGGACCUUCCAGAAACGCGCCGAGGGGAAGCGCGAGGCGCGCCGCGAAAAGCUGAAACAGAGUAUCGGCGAGAUGAAGCCGCUUGGCUCGAGUACGAGGGGGAUUGCGCAGUGGUGGCAUGGGUUGCCUGAUAAUUCAUGA